UUUUUUCCCCUCAAGAAUGUCGGACUCGUGAACUCCAGACAUCACGCGGACUUUCUUUGAUAUCAAAAAAUUCGACAUUUUUUCACGCCCUUGUGUUUUUCUUUUCUCGCGAAUAACCAAAAAAACGGUAAAUUAAAAAAAUUCUUUAAAAAGUCAAAAGGGAAAAAGAAGUCGAACAAAAUAUGGCUAGUAACGGAAAAACGAAUGACUGUUCAAUUCUCUCAAAACUUGGUCUCAAACCACUUACAAAAUGUAACCUCGUGAAAUUUUAUGUUCCAAUUGCUGGUGCCGCUUCACAUACCGCAAUGUCUGUUAGUGUUAUGAAUCCAAGUUUAGCUGCAAGAAUAUCACCAAAGUGGGAUGUAACAAAUGCUCUACUUGUUGCCACUCUUGUUGGAACAGGUACUUACAUUUAUACAAGAAAGCACUUGCAAAAUGCUCCUGCUUGCUCAAGAAUCUGCUACAGUGCAACUGGAGCCAUUCUGUUAAGCUUUGGAUCAGUUUUAGCUUGCGCGAUACUGCGUUCAAUUACACCUCCAAAUCCCACAACGUGCACAAUUUUGGGCCUGGGCACUUCAAUUCUUUUGAUUAAAAUUGGUUCAAGCUAUCUGCAACAUGUAGAUGAGAAUGUCAAAUAAAUUGGAUAGAUCAUCGAAGUUACGAUAAUUUUUUUUUUUUUUUAAAUUUUUGUUAAUGUUAUUACCAAAAAAAAAAGAAAAAAAUGUGUCAUCAAGAAAAAAAGAACGAUUAAAGAAUUUCAACUCUUUGUUCAAUUUCUUUUUUUCUUCUUGACAAAAAUCAUCUCGUAAAACUGGUUACACAAAUUUCUUAUAUAAAUCUCACCAAAAAAAAAAGAAAACAAAAAUUUUUCGAUUAAUUUUUUUUUCCAGUUAGUACACUGAGAGACGCUUUUACUAAUGAAAUUAGUGUAUAGAAAUGAUUGAUAAUCAAAUAAAGUAGAAUUGUUUCUUGUAUCUAGAAUCGCUGGGACGAGAAAUAUACAAUAAAGAAUAUUGUGAAAAAAGUUCGCGAUUUGGAUAUAAAAUAAUUAUUAUAAUCACGUAAAAAAUAUAUUAUAAAUACUGUGUGGAUGCUGUCGUAGGCGCAACACAAACAAAAAAUUACAUUCGAAUCACGUGAUAAUAUAAUACGUCAUAUUUUAUAUUAUAUUUUGAGAGAAGAUUCUUUUUUUUCUCCUUUUCUCAUUAUAUUAUGACACUUUCUUCGAAAUAAAAUAAUCACUGAAAUAUUGUUCGAAAA